UGAAGUGACGCAAGGUAGCGAAAUGCGCAGCAUAUUGUUGUGAAAGGGCAUGGGUGGAAAUGGCGGCGGAAUGGUGGUGUGAAUAGUCGUGUGCGGAUGUGGUUGACUGCAAGGACUCCGAUCGGACAAGAAGCUGGCUUUCCGCACAAUUCAAAGUGCUUGGUGACGAUGUCGCUAUUUUCAAACCGUUAAUAGGACAUCAUCUAACCUUUGCUUGUCUGUUUCUGUUCCGGUCCUUGGCGCGCGACCUGAGCAUAUGCUGGAAAGCUUGCAAGUUCUGUUGUUUCUGAGUGGUGACAGUUGAAAAAAUGGGAGAGGAAAUAGAGAAAGAAUAUCUCUCUUCUUUAAAAGACCUUACCUUUAACUGCAAACCACUCAUCAAUAUGUUGACACUCCUUGCUGAAGAAAAUUCGGUGAAUGCACCGGUGAUCGUGCAGACCAUAGAAAAACACUUGUCGAGGACGGACUACAAGCUGCCAUGUCUGUACCUGAUGGACUCCAUCCUGAAGAAUGUUGGCAAGGAGUACCUGCAGCUGUUCACCCAGAACAUAGUGUCGACAUUCGCCGCGGUGUUCGAGAAGGUCGACGAGAAGGUGCGGGCGUCGAUGUUCCGUCUGCGACAGACUUGGUCAGGCGUGUUCCCAGCUAAAAAGCUGUACGCGAUUGACCUGCGGGUCCACAGCAUUGACCCGGCCUGGCCGGUGAUGAGCUCCGCCACUGCCAACAAGAACACAAUCCACAUCAAUCCGAAGCUCUUCAAAAAGGGCUCGGCGGCUGCUGCCUCUAGUCUUCCCGCCUCGUCUACGGCGCCUGCGCCGGCCGCGGCGCCGGCGGUCAGCCCCGCCUCCAUGGACCUCAUCACCGAGAAGCAGAUGGAGCUGCUCAACUUGCAGAUCCAGAAGGUGGAACUGGAGCUGCAGUGCGCCGGCUCCCGUCAGGAGCAGAUGCACAAGCAGAAGGAGCUGCUAGAGCUCCGCACGCAGAAGGCCCAGCUGGAACUGCAGCAGGCCACCAGCAAGCUGAAGAACAAGGGUGGAAUGAUGGCGGCGUCGACCACGUUGGGCGUAACGCAGGCUCAGGUCACAGCAAGUCCGGUGUCUACAGUCGCCACCAGUAGCACAGCAUCGCCUCAGCUUGUGGCGGCGCAGGCCGAGGCGCGGGCGGCGCUGGAGGCGGCGGCAGCCGGCGCGGCGCAGGCCGAGCCGUCGGCGCGCGCCGCCGGCGACCGCGGACGUGCCCACUCGUCCGCACGCCACAAGUCUAAGACGAAGAUGACCAUCCGACCGGCGCAAGUGAUGACGUCAGCAGCGCCUUCAGACCCGCGCUCGGCGGUGGCGCGCGCGGACCCGCGCCAGGGCGUCAGCCGCGACCCGCGUCUGCAGGCCAGGAGCAGGGACAAGGCCAAAGACAAGGACAAGGGCAAGACGUCCAAGCACGAGUCCAAGUCCAAGUCGUCAAGCUCCCCCAGCUCGAAGAACAAGGAUUCGGCAUCGAAACAAUCAAAGAAGUCGCUUGAGAUAGGGAGGGAGAAACGCAGCUCGCCUAAGAGCAAGUCAGACUCUCCCAAAUCCAAGCAGGCGGAGUCACCCUGCCAGAAGCCAUCUGAGUCCCCGAAGCGCAAGCGAACCGACUCGCCCAAGCACAGGACGACUGACUCGCCCAAGCGGUCGGCGCCCGACUCGCCGCGGCUCAAGCCGGGUCAGUCGCCCAAACGGCGGCACGUGGAGGAGCCGGCGCGCCCGCGCGACAGUCCCGCCAUCGCUGAAGCUCAAAAGCUAGUGCCGGAGGAGGAGGACGAGGACGAGGACGAGCCGGCGUCGGCAAUGUCGCCGGCCCACAGCUCGCCGGUCGAGGACGAGACCAGCCCGGCCGUGUUCCGACGAGCUAAGAACUCGCGCUCGCGCCGGUACAAGCAGCAUAGCUCGUGGAGCCCGAGCCCGGAGCGGCGGACCUCCGACUCCAGCGACAUGGAGAAGGAGAACGUCAACGAUGUGGACCUGCGGCAGCUCUCGGGCCAGACGGUGCCGGCCGCCGACAGCCAGCCCGCCGCCGACAGCAAGAAGUCGGGCUUCCACGAUCUGUUCGGCUCAGAGGACACUGACCUGCGCUUCGUCGAGCCCGCCUCGGGCGGCACGGGCGGCUGGCGCCAACUGAAGGAGGCGCGGCCCGACACGUUCAAGUCGCCGCUGCGUGCGCGCGCCGCGCAGCACACGCCCGUCCGGCGCGGGCCGACCGCCGAGGCUGCCGUCGUCACUUGUCCCGCGCACCGCGGCAGCGGGUUCGGCUCGCUGCGCACGCUCGAGGAGUCGACCGAGGCCACGCAGAAGAACAUUAAGAUGAUCCUGCACCAGGCCGAGGAGCAGCUGCGCUCGGAGAACAUCUCCUGGGAACAGUACAACAACAUCCUGCAGCAGGUGAUCCAGCUGGGCGAGCGGCAGAAGAUCCAGGAGCGGCGCACGCUGGAGCGGCGCCAGAGCAUUCACCACCAGACAGCUUGCCGACAGGCGCGCGUGCACCAGAGGAGCCCGGUGGCGGCGGUGGUGGUAGGCUUCGGCGCGCCGCCCGAGCAGUACCGCGACCAGGAUCACCGGCCACACCCCAGUGUGUUCGGCCCGUUCGCGGGGGCUCGGGGCGGCGGGCGGCUGCCGCCGACUGGGAUGCGCGGCCGGCCCGGGCCACCGUUCGAGGAGGAGCGCACACUGCCGUACCGCGGCCGCGGCCGGGGCAGAGGCCGGCCGCAGCCGCACCACCCGGCCCACGGCCGCUUCGAGGAGUUCGAGUUCACCAACGAGCCGGACCUGCCGGAGGCGAGCGCCGACGACCUGGCUCAGGUGGAGCGCGACAAGGCCGACACUACGUCCACCUUCAUCAAUGAGGAGCCCAAGGAGAUCCGCUGGUACGGCGAAAACUGCAUCUGCCUGCUGGGCUGGGACGACCCGCGCAUGCUCUUCUUCAAGCCGGGAUCGCGCCAAGUCAGUGUCGACGGCCAGCGCGUGCUCUGCCGCUUCAACGACAAGUACUCGGAGGUGCUGGUGGACGGCGUACCGCACCGCGUCCGGCUGGGCGGCCCCACGAAGGAGGUGUUCAUCGACGGCCACGGCCACCAGGUGUUCUUCGGCGGCGAGCCGGUCCAGGUGAGCCUGGACGGCCGGCAGCGGGCGUUGAGCGUCGACGGGCCGGCGCCGGGCGUGGCCAUCGGCCGCCGGCGCACCGACCUGCUCGCCGGCAAGAUCAAGCUGAUCAUCGACGGCAGCGAGACGGUGCCCAUCUACCUCGACUGCAAGCCGCAGCGCUUCGACGUGGCUGGCAAGCCGCAUGUGCUGCGCUUUCGCGACGGCUUCGAGCGCAUGGAACUGAACGGUCACGUGAUGCGCACCGAGUUCGGCGGCUUGCCGCUGCCGGUGGUGGUGGCCGGCCGCAAGCACUACAUCCGCCUGACGCGCGUGCCGGUGCGCGUGAAGCCGGGCCGGAUGACCAUGAAGGGCAUGCACCCGCACGUGGCCGGCUGGCCGCUGCCCUGGGAGGACCGCGAGCUGCAGCAGCCGGCCGGCGGCCGGCCGGCACCGCCGCGCGACGACGACGACGGCUCGCAGGACGAGCCGUUCGGCCGCGGCCGGCCGGCGCCGGGGCCGGGGCCGGGACCGCGCGCCGCCGCCGCCGCCGCCGGCGGCCGGCCCGGCCGUCAGCCCGCCUGGGACGAGCAGAACGACAGCGACUCGCGCGGCGCAUCUUCCAAUUUGGACGUCCUCACCAACAUGCUGCCAACGACGGUCAGCAAGCCAUCAGGCCCGUCAUACCACGCUGAAAAUCCAGGAGUGGCGCUGGCUCCUGGUGCGAUCGGCAUGGACCUCAAUGUUCUGCUCAGCAAGCUGGAGCAGACCGGCCUCAUCAAGUUCCCCAGCGCUGGCAAGGGCCGCAACAAGAACAAUAAAAAGGAGGAGGAGAUUAAGAACAUCAAGGAGAUCAACUGGAAGGCCGAAAGCCUGAAAAUCCGACAGCCGGGCCUCAUCAACCUGCUGUACUCGGGCAUCCAGUGCUCGUCGUGCGGCUCGCGCUUUCUGCCAGAACAGACGGUGCAGUACUCGAACCACCUGGACUGGCACUUCCGCCAGAACCGGCGCGAGAAGGAGGGCACGCGCCGCGCCCAGAGCCGCCGCUGGUACUACGACCUGGCCAGCUGGAUGGCCUAUGAGGAGGUGGAGGACGCCGACGACAGGGCGGACCCUGCGUUCGAGCAGCCGGAGGCGUUGGAGGCGACGGAGGAGGCCGAGGAUCUGGAGUCGAUGUGCUCGGCGCCCGUGGGGCCCACCGAGGCUGACAACAAGUGCCAGGUGUGCGGCGAGACGCUGCGCCAGUUCUACCACGAGGAGUCGGAGGAGUGGCAUCUGCGCGACUGCAUCCGCGUCGAGGGCAAGGCCUACCACCCGGGAUGCUUCGAGGACCACAAGACCACGCUGCUGCUGCAGUCGAUGAGCCGCGACAGCACGGACGACGCCUCCGUGGACACGGCGGCGGCCGACGGCAGCCUCGCCGCCGGCGACGAACCCGCCGACGACGCCGAGCGCAAGCCUUCUGCUGAUGAGCUCAAGGCGGAGCCGGGCGCCAACAUUAACGCCGACGUCGGCGACGCCGAGGCGGGGGUGAAGGCCGCAGGCGCGGAAAAGCCCGCCGAAGUCAGGACGGAGCUGGAUGCUGACGUAACUAUGCAUGAUGUGGACGCGAAGAAAGAGGAAGCUGAAGGUAAUGCUGCCCGGGACGCUGACCUCAGGGACGAGAACGCCGGCGUGGAGAUGGAAGACCCCGACGUAAAGACAGAUGACGCCAACGUCAAGACAGAGGACACUGAAGUCAAGAAAGAAGACACUGACGUCAAGCCGGAGGACGUGGCGACAGCAAAUACUCCCCUUGACAACGAGGAGAAUUCCAACGUCAAACGGGACGAUGCGGCUGCGAAGGCAGAAGAGGUCGCUGCGAAUUCGGGCGGCGCCGUCACGGAAGCGGACAGCUUGGCGGGCUCUGCCGCGCCAGCGUCGGCCGAGGUCAGCGGGAUCGACGCGGAACAGGCCGGUGCCAGUGUCCCGGACAAGGAGGAGGCGCCCGGCGACGGCGACGGCGACGGCGACGGCGACGGCGACGCCACCGCUGCGCCGGAGGACCGGAGCGUCGCUGCCGUACCGCUGGUGGCCGUGAAGCAGGAGCCGGAGGACGCGGAGGAGGCGGCGCCGGAGCCGCAGUUGGAGCCGGAGUCGGGGCCGCAGUUGGAGCCGGAGCCGGAGCCGCAGCUGGAGCCGGAGCCGGACGUGGACGUCAAGCGGGAGCCGGCGUCACUUGGUCGUGACCUCGUCUCAGCCGGCUCGGUAGCCAAGCUGGUGAACCGUCGUGGUGGGUUCGGCGGCGGGGGUGGUGUCCGGAGCAGGGCGCGGCCGCCGCUGGCCGGCCGCAUCCGGCUGAAUCUGGCGGGCGUGGCGCCUGAGCCCGAGCCGGAGGGGCCCGUGUUCGCGGAGCGGCCGCAGCCGGCGGCCGUCAAGCCGGCGCUGAUAGGUCGCCAGCUGACCGAGGUGCCCACCAAACACAGGGGCGACGAGGAGUCGGGCAUGUGCGUAGUCAUGUGA